GGCAUGGGAUAGGGAGGAAAGUUGGAAAGAUUUCAUUCGAGACAUUCAUCGUCAGAUUUUCCCGAAUGGUGGAGAUGGUGGAGAAGGAUGUGUCGUUCUUGAGUUGAAGGAUGUGAGGUUCGCAUUUUCAUCACGACCAUGAACGGUCCCACCCAUGAGAGGUUCAUUGCUUUGUUCAGGUGUAGAGGUUUGCACCUCAGAGAACGCAUGCAGAAAGUAUGCAAUGAAAGAAUGCACUGGGUAUUAUCACUUCCGAUGCGAUGAUGAAAUGAAGCAAGCGCAAUGGAUGGAUCCUAGAACUCGAUACUCGUCUCGAUUUUUUGGAGACGGGGCGACUAUCACGGGGAGAAAUGUGAUCUCCAAGACUUUCGAGAAUUGAAGAAAAAGAUUCUCAUCAAGAGCUAGAGGGGAUCUUCAUUCUGGGAUGGUGAAUCAUGGAGCAGGGCUUUACCCGCAUGACCUCCCUGUACUGUACAACUUUGGACUAUUGACGAAAUUAUACGCGAAAAGAGGGAGAUGUCUCCUCUGGGACAAGCAACGCAGAACAUGUAGACCUGUCUCGACGGAGGCGAGGCGACGUAGGGCAUGGAGACCUAAACUCUCUACUCUCAAGAUGUAAUUACGAGCAGAGGACGAGAAAGUACAGGGUAGAAAGAGAAUGGAAAGGGUGGUGGGGUGGUGUGGUGUGGGGCCAGGGUAAGAAAUCAUUGAUUGGAUUAACUAGUCUGAGGUGAAGCGAACUCCAGGAGUUUGCAAGAGCUUUCUGUAAGUUUCGUGGGAGUCCUGUCGUUCAGCUGCUGUGCAUGAGGUGAGGUGGGCAGGGCAUUUCUGUUUCCCCAAGAGAAAAGAAGAUUGGUGGGUGGGAGAGAAGGGCCGGUCCAUCAGGAUUGUCACAUCAGCAUCACAGUGCACUUUUGCUUGCCCUCGGACACACAGACUCUGAGGUUUGGGACUUCCGAACCUUUUCCGAGUGGGCACAGACAGAUAGAAGGAAGGACGGGAAAAACUCCGAAACUGGUUCAGUUGCGACUGAAUGCGUCGGUUGAUUGAGCGCUGAGCGCUGAUGUGCAAAGAGGAUGCGGUUAGUUCGUGAAUGGCCUGAGGAUUUCCAGCACGGCAGAAGCAACAAAGAAUCGGAGUAUGGGACUUGUGUUUAGUACUAAGAUACGCUGAUCGACCAGUAUACCCAAGUAGAUCGUGGACAUGGCUACUGGUACGUUGGUUCGUGAGAAUAAAGUAAUCAAAAGCUCUCAGCUUGAUGUAAAAUACGGCCCCAUUUGGGGGCAAAUUUGCCCGUAGCUCCGAAGCUGAUUUCCAGUUGGCUGAUGGAAUUAAGCGUCUCGUAGUCAACUAAUGCCUCAGGUAUAAUGGAGCACUUACCCAGGGAUUCUUUCAGGCAGGAUAGCCAUGCCAUGUUCAGGAUAGCGGAUGGUGAUGGGAGCUUUGUGAAGAAUUCUGUGGACGAUGAUGUAGGUGGUAUCUGGGAUUGGUUACAGUCUAUGGCGGGAGAAUGUGAUCAAAACAUGAGCGAUGUGACAGAAGAAGACAUCGCAAAUGCUCUUGGGGGUGGAGAAGGAGGCAUCAUGGAUCAGAAGCCUUCUUUUGCUGCAUUGGACCGUGAAAUUUUGAGUACUUUGGUCGCUAGCGGUGGGAACCAGAGUACGAAGAAUGACACUUGGUCGAGGCGCAGAUUUGAUGAGUGGAGACUGCAGAAUGGCAUGCCAACAUCAAAGGCCAUAGAGACAAUGGACAUCGAGACUCUUGCGUCUCAAUUACCCACUUUCUUUCAGCAGGUUAUGAAGCAUAACGGUGAUCACUAUCCUUUAGAGAGUCUACUGGGAUUUUAUCGGGGUUUCACUCGUAUAAUGAGAAAGGCACAGGAGGCUCGAAUUUGCGAGACUCGGGUAAUAGAGACACCUUUCGACAUGAGAGCAAACACUUUGUUCCAGCGAACUGGGGUAGCUAUGCUGGAAGCCAUGCGGCGAAGUGUUCUUGCAGGUGCCAACAAGCGACGGAAGAAGCCAUCUGUCGUGUCCUGGGUCAGUGAACAAGCCCUCCUGACGGACAAAGAUCAUCAAGCAUCUCAUCCGUAUGGCUGUUUCCGACGUUGGACAUAUUAUUGUAUAUCCCGGUUCCAGAUCCGAGGUGGGAAAGAGCUUUAUAAUGUUAUGGACUGCGACUUCCAUGAGACAAGGGAUAAGGAUGGGGAUCAUAUUGUCUAUGGUGAGAGAUUGUCAAAGAAUCUAGACUCUUCGGCUGCUCCACCAGCCAGUGCUGCGACUCUCAAAUCAUCGACGAGGGGUACGGGAAAGCGGUUGAAGGUAGAACCGGUUCGGGUGCCUGUGAAGUGCUAUCAAGAGGAUGUUAUUCAUACUUUCAGACAAUUCAUGAAGCAUCAACCAGUGAAAGUUGGUGAUGAAGUUGGGAAACCACGUCAUCUGUUUUUGCAGCCCAUAGGAAACCCUGUCACAAACGCAUGGUUUGCAAAGUCUCAUGUUUCUGAGCGAGUUUUGAUCUCACUAUUCAAGACCAUGGCAGUUGUUGCCGGAGUCAACGUCAAGGAUACCAGCAAUAGGCCUGGAAGACCCAUCUUACCAAGUCCGAUUUUAUUGGAAGCCUCACCAGCAGCAACCAUGAGAGGGGCUGUAACAUCUGCAUAUGGUUUAUAUGGCCGAUAUGACUCCAACGUGGACCUGCAAACUAAUGGUGAACAAAGCGAAACCAUCAAAAGUUGUUAUUCCAGUUGUGGCAAGAGAAAUUAUGAGGAAACUUCCGGAGACACCAGGAAACAGGAGGAAAUCAACCAGCAGUCUUCUGGGACGUCAUCUGCAAGAAGUGAACAUGAUCCUGCAUGCAAUCCACCCAAUGGCGAGGCCACUAACAAGGCCGCUCUUGAAACUUUGGUUGACAGUGAACGUCAACAUAGUAAUGAAGUCAGCAAUGCUAUCACAGACCUUGGUCAUAGUCCUGUCAACAAAUUGCAAAUUGCCAGAAGUCAACUCAAGGAACUGGAAGUAACUCUGUUCAAUAAAAUGGGGUUUAAUGAUGCAGGUGGGAUUACGACAAGUCCUAAAGAUCAAAGUUUACGAGAAACCAUGGAUGUCGCAGUCGCGCAACUAAAAGCGUUGGAAGCGACUCUGAUGUCAAUGGAUACGAACUCAUGAGUUGUUGUGAGGAAUGAGAAGUGAGAUUUUGUCACAACUAUUCUUCAAUUGUAAACACGGUCGAACUACUCCUGGGACACUCUCACCAUCUUAGCUCUUGUCAAGUGGAAGCACUGCAUGGAGCAGGGUCUGCCAGGCCCCAGAUGCGGAUACAGAAUACCUUUUAAGUGGCCAUGUCCAAGUCACGUCUCCGUGUAUUCUUUGAAGGACAACCUCGUGAGAGGUCAACUCAAAAUCGCAACAGCUUUGUGAGGUCGGAAACGAAGACUGAAGCAAUAUACAAACCCCACAUUGCAGUUCAGAGGUUAGACGUUUCAGCCAAAUACAAUUGCCUUCCUCUGCAGUUGCAGGCGUAAGGUGAUUCGUGUUAUAAAGACAUGUGAAGUUAGUUUAGUUAUACCUGAAUGGGAGGGCCUGGCUUUACUUCAAAGCAACCGGGGAUGUGGACCGAAGAAACUGAAGUGGAACUUUUAGUGAAACCCAAAGUUUGCAUCUCAGAAAUAACAACCAUGGUUUGUAGUCGUUGCAUGGCGAUGAGUUGUUCUGCAAAAUUUCCAAGUUUUUAAGUGGCAGUAAGAAAUAACUGCCACUUUGAAACUUGGAUCUUGCGAUUCACACUCAGGUGAGUGUAUGUAGUCGUAUGGGGACGACUGUGAGAGUCAGAUUUUUCUGAGAAAGAAUGCAUGUCAUUAGUGCCGAGUGGCAACAUCCUGGGACCUCAAAUGACGUCUUUUGCUGCACCCCAUUGGCAUAAUUUGGAUAUAUGUUCUCGAGGGAAACCCUUUCCAUGAAUGUGGAGCCAAGUGUACACUGCAUGGGUCUCAAGCCUUUGAGAUCAUCCACUAGCUUUUGUGUAUAGUCAUUUUAUAAUUACCCUAGGUCUUUCAUUCUCUCUUUUUAUUGGAAUAACUAUAGUUGGAUUUCAAACACAUGG